AUGCCGGAAGAGAGGUCUCAUCAAAAAGUUACACCCUCCUCCAAAAUAUAUGACGAAGACGAUAUCACAGAUAUUGAAAGUAGUGAAACUGAAGAGCAAAGAGAUUUUGAAACUAUCAAAGGAGUGGUGUCACAAAUUAGACCGAGUAAUGCACGGAAGCCAGAAACUGACUCGAGUAAAUCUUCGGAUCUUGUGAAAUGGGCUGGAAGAUUGCAAUUCCAAUCUAUUGAGUUACAAGAGCAAAAUCAAGCUUUUGUUUUAGAAUUGAAAAAGAUAAACAAACAGUGGCUGGAUAUAUGGAAAAACACCCAACAGAUCAAACAAAUUGGGGAUGAUGUAAAGAAGUUAGAGCAUCUGACGAAGCAUGUAGAGAGAAUGGGAAAGAAGGGGAAUGAAAUGGAAGAGUUGAGACGCUUGAAUAAAGAAUUGAAAAAAUUGCAAAGUAUUGAGAAGAAUAUAGAGUCUAUUAAAAAUCUAGGCAAUCAGAUGGAAGGAAUCGCGGCCCAGUUUCAUGACACCAAGAAUAUUAAAACUAUGAUUCAGUCCCAGUUGCAAAACUUCCAAAACCAGCUCCAAAGUUAUUUGCAAAUCCAGAAUAAGCAUCAAGAGAUCGAUCCAGGAAGCAUUACGAGAGGCUUUUUACAGCCUAAUGAGUUAGUGUUGACAGAUAAGGACUCUCACGGUGGUAUUAGGGUUUUCCAAGAAUUUGUUUCCCAAAAGCUCGAUUUGCAUUUUCAAAACUUGAUGACAUAUAUGGAGCAGCAGAACCAAUCACUGACGAAUAAAAUUAGUGAGCGAGUUCGGAAAAACAUUGUUAAAUAUCAUGAGAAGGGUGGAGAAAGUAUCAAUAAAAAAAUGAAUAAUUUACUAAUCAAGCUAGAAAACAUGGAGAAAAGCAAUUUGAUAAUACUUAAAAAACUUGAAAUGAUUGAAAAAUCCACAAGUCACUCCCAUGAUUUUGAUAAUCCAAACGUCAAAUCUAUUAAUAAAGUCAAAAUUCAACAAAUGAUCAGUGCUAAUGAUGCUGAUGAUACAAUCAAGCAUUCCAGGACUGUAACCUUAAAAAUUCCUAAAUCGGUUGCUAUUGACAAGAAGAAAGGAAGCGAUUCAAAAAAAAAUUUCAAAAUGGCAAAACCAAAUCAAAAGAGCAAAGUUGCAAAACCAAAGCAAAAAGGCAAAAAAGCAAAAAUUGAUGAUCAGGCACAAAGGGUGCAAUAUGUAAACUUUCAAUCUGCUAAACCUUCGCCACGAGCAACGCCAGUGAAUUCCUUUUUUGCAGAUGGAUAUCAUGAAAUAUCAUGCAAUAAUCUUCUAGAUAGGAAAGCUAAAAGGACCGCAACUGGUAUCAAAAAUUAUAAAGCUCUCGAAAGUUCCAAGCCAAGUUACACCGAAAAGCUAGUUAAUGUGAAUGACAGCCUGACAGCUGGAUAUGAAGGCGGCCACCCGCCAAAUCAUAUCGAUUAUCAAUUGGAAAGCCUCAGUGACAUAGAUGACAGCCAGUCGAUCACCUUAUUGGACAGCCAGCAAUAUGAGCAGCAGCUAAUGGGGGUGUUUGAAGUUGGUAGCGAGAAUACGAUUUGA